AUGGCCUGGAAUUUUAAUGGAAAAAUACAGCUGGGGGCACUGCUUCUCUCUCUCCUUGGAUGGAUCUGCUCUUGUGUCACCACAGCUGUUCCUCUGUGGAAGAAUCUCAACUUGGAGCUGAAUGAAAUGGAGAACUGGAGCAUGGGGCUCUGGGAGGUCUGUGUGAUCCAGGAGGAAGGGGCUAUAGUAUGCAAGACUUUUGAAUCCUUCUUGGCUCUGCCUCAGGAGUUCCGAGCAUCCAGGAUCCUCAUGUUGGCCUCCAACGGACUGGGCUUCCUGGGGCCUCUCUCCAGCCUUGGUUCUGAUUGCUUCCAGCUGCAGGGGGUCAGCUGGGGACUGAAGAAGUGGCUACGAUUCCUCGCAGGGGUGCUGGUGGAGGUAGCCGCAGCCUCGACUCUUUUCCCUGUUUCUUGGGUGGCCUAUAGCACUGUCCAGGAUUUCUGGGAUGAACACAUCCCUGACAUUGUGCCUCGGUGGGAGUUUGGAGAAGCCCUCUUUCUGGGCUGGGUUGCAGGAGUUUUUCUAGCAGUUAGUGGACUACUCUUGAUCUGCUCGGCCUGGCUGGCAAAGGAUGAACCGCCUGCACCUCCUAAUGCCUGUCCACUAGCCCUUCCAACAGGGGGUCCAGCUGAGAUGUCGGAUAGGUUCUUCCACCCACCUCCAAGACACAGAGACCUGGUAAUCUAG